CAUAGGCGGUUGGCUGCUGAGAUCCCCUCAGGCUUAGCUUCCUCCAGCAGCUUCAAAACCACUGAAUCAGACCACCAGACAUGUGCAUGAUGUGGCCCUGAUGUAAUGCAACAUGAACACCCUGCGUUACCUACCAAAUACUCUUUCCACAAAUAGUGAACCCGAAUCUAAGGAAGUCUUUGGAGCUAAUCCCAGUUUGUAGAAAAUAUGGGGGCUGGAGGAACAAGAUUCCCAAGGUCUCCUUAGCUGGCAAGGAAGGCCCAGGGUCCAAGGAGACCUGAGAAGGCGGCGGGCGGGCGGCAGCCUCAGCAGCAGCAGGAGCAGCAGCAGCAGAAGCAGCAGCAGAAGAGCAGCAGCCAGGACUCUGAAGUCAGAGUAGGAUUGUAGGAUCGGAGCCUGAGUGGGAACAGGAGUGGAGCUGGCCUGGGAGAGGAGCGGAGCCCCCCAGGCCCCUCAGGCCACCCCUUGCCUGCACUCCCACUGCCAGACCUCCAGAGAGACCCAGGACACCCAGCCCAGAUCCCCCAGCCUCAGGAUGGCGUCCUCCCUGCUUGAGGAGGAAGCUCACUAUGGCUCCAGUCCCCUGGCCAUGCUAACAGCAGCGUGCAGCAAAUUUGGUGGCUCCAGCCCUCUGCGGGACUCAACGACACUGGGCAAAGCAGGCACAAAGAAGCCCUACUCUGUGGGCAGUGACCUUUCAGCCCCCAAAACCAUGGGGGAUGCCUACCCAGCCCCCUUUUCAAGCACCAAUGGCCUCCUCUCACCAGCAGGCAGUCCUCCAGCACCCACCUCGGGCUAUGCCAAUGACUACCCUCCCUUUUCUCACUCAUUCCCUGGGCCCACGGGCACCCAGGACCCUGGGCUACUAGUGCCCAAGGGGCACAGCUCUUCUGACUGCCUGCCCAGUGUCUACACCUCUCUGGACAUGGCACACCCCUACGGCUCCUGGUACAAGGCAGGGAUCCAUGCAGGCAUCUCACCAGGCCCAGGCAAUGCUCCCACACCUUGGUGGGACAUGCACCCUGGGGGCAACUGGCUAGGCGGUGGGCAGGGCCAGGGGGAUGGGCUGCAAGGGACACUGCCUACAGGCCCUGCUCAGCCUCCAUUGAACCCCCAGCUGCCCACCUACCCAUCUGACUUUGCCCCCCUUAAUCCAGCUCCCUACCCAGCUCCCCACCUCCUGCAACCAGGGCCACAGCAUGUCCUGCCCCAAGACGUCUAUAAACCCAAGGCAGUGGGCAACAGUGGGCAGUUGGAGGGCAGUGGUGGAGCCAAGCCCCCCAGGGGCGCAGGCACAGGGGGCAGUGGUGGAUAUGGGGGCAGUGGAGCAGGGCGCUCCUCCUGCGACUGCCCCAACUGCCAAGAGCUGGAGCGCCUGGGGGCAGCCGCAGCCGGGCUGCGGAAGAAGCCCAUUCACAGCUGCCACAUUCCCGGCUGCGGCAAGGUGUACGGCAAGGCCUCCCACCUGAAGGCCCACUUGCGCUGGCACACGGGCGAGAGGCCUUUCGUCUGCAACUGGCUCUUCUGCGGCAAGAGGUUCACGCGUUCGGACGAGCUGGAGCGCCACGUGCGCACUCACACCCGGGAGAAGAAGUUCACCUGUCUGCUCUGCUCCAAGCGCUUUACCCGGAGCGACCACCUGAGCAAGCACCAACGCACCCAUGGCGAGCCAGGCCCAGGCCCACCUCCCAGCGGCCCCAAGGAGCUGGGCGAGGGCCGCAGCGCGGGGGAAGAGGAGGCCAGUCAGACGCCCCGACCUUCCGCCUCGCCGGCACCCCCAGAGAAAGCCCCUGGAGGCAGCCCGGAGCAGAGCAACCUGCUUGAGAUCUGAGCUGGGUGGAGAGUCUCCAGCCCCAGGGCUGUCUUGCCAGCCUCUCCUGGCUUCGUGGACCACUGCUUGCCCCUCACUCCCUUUGUCCUGUGCAUGCUGCCCUUUGGGGAUCUCUCUGUCUCUCCUCUGGCCAUUCUGGGCCUGGGAAUCACCCUGCUUGCCUCCUCAGCCCACCUCCUCCCCAGGCCAUGAGCCUGUUCUGCAAACGCUCAUCUCAGGCCCUCUACCUUGUGCCUGAUUUCUGCACUCUGGCUUCCUCGCCCUUGCUCACAGCCUCUCUCUCUCCUCUCACCACAUCAACUCACUUUCCUUCCAUUUGGGCUCCCAACACUUUGUUCCUCCAUCUCACUAACUCCUUGACUUGCAUCCUUUCUGCUUCCCAAGCUUAUUUACCGCUAUCCCUUAGCUUCCAGGCUCCAGUCUUCUCAACUUCUUAUUCCACUGCUUUCCGCGCUCCGGAGCGUUCUUCCUUUUUACAAACACAAUGAUGAUGAUGAUGAUAAUUUAUUGCCCCCUGGUGGCCUCUUCAUUAGGGACCAGAGUUAGGGGGAUUGGGGCUAGUGACCUGGCAGGAAGCAGGGUGCCAAGAGGGGGGCAGACCAGUGGGGAUCUGAUCCCAAAGAUGGGGUGACCCCAGGGUCAGGGAGGCUGCCCCCAGGCCUGUAUAUUUAACCCCUAUGUUCCAAGAGAAAUGAAUAGUAAUAAUAAUAAUUCUAUUUAUCUAAGUUAUGAUGACAGGUCAGGUAGAGUGAGCUGGGGAGGGAAAGAGGUCCAUUUCUACUAGGGAACUUUUAGCCAAAUGCAUCUCUGUAGAGAAAAAGUGUUAGUGGAGAUCAUGUUAAUAGAAUUUCUAUCGUCAGGGUCUCAGUUAAUGGGGUUUCUCUUUUAAUGGGAUCUCUGCUAAUAGGACUGACUAGCAGGAUCUGUUAAAGAAUUGAUGGGGUAUCUCUCAGUUAGGAGAUCCCUAAUAUUCCCAGCCCCAGCCAGAAGCUGUGAAACCUCAAGUCCUAUGGAGGGGAGGACUGGAAUGUACCCCAGCUCCCCUGACCCCAGAGCAGGUUCUUCCACUGCCCCACCCCUGACACCAUGACCCCCUCAGGCUCCUCCCUUGUUGCCGUGGUUAUGGAGAGUUGCAGCUGCCAUCUUAGACAAGCUCUUUGGGGAAGCCCACCUACCAAGAGGAGGACAUUGGUUUGGCGGUGCCUCUCCUGAAGAAUAGGUGGGGAAGGCUUUCUCUGGGAUCAGAUUCAAAUAAAUCAAGUAUUUAUUCAGUGCCUCCUCUGUGCAGGGCACUGUGCUAGGCUGGUGCCUGGAAGCCAUGAGAAGGAAGAAUUGAUAGAGCUAGGCGGACAGAGGUCCCCAAGCUGAUUUGGGGGUGCGUCCACAGGCCCCCAACCUGGGACUUCCGAUGCUCCCAACUCCACCUCCAGUGACUUUUAAAGCCGCUUCGUGCCUUUGAAUGCCUUUCCUGUGACUUCGGAUCCUCCUUUUCUAUCUCCUGCUCCCCUUAAGGCCCCGAGUUCAAGGGUGAAAGUCGCCGGAGCUUGG